AUGGAAGAUACAGAAGAUAUUCAAGAGAUUCAUCCGCCUCCCACUACUGAAGUUUCAAAAGGAAAAAAAGUUCUUCAACAGCACAAAAAAGGGAAAACAAUAGGGACUUUUUUUAUGCCAAGAGCUACUCCAGGAGGUCAACCAUCCAUCAAAAGUGUGAUGCAAAGCAAAGAAGCUAAAGAGAAGGUUGACUUGGCAGUUGCGAAGUGGAUGAUUGAUGCUUCCAUCCCUUUCAAUGCAGCAAACUCUGCAUAUUAUCAAACAAUGUUUGAUGCUGCUUGUUCUUUUGGAGCUGGUUACAAAGCACCUAAUUUCUAUGACUUGCGUGGCUAUUUAUUGACAAAAAAUGUUGAGCAAGUCAAGAAUUUUGUUAAUAGCUUUCGUACAACUUUGAAAGAAACUGGAUGUACUAUUAUGGCUGAUGGAUGGACUGACCAACAAAGGAGAAUUCUCAUCAACUUUCUAGCUUAUUGCCCUAGAGGAACUAUUUUUUUGAAAUCAGUUGAUGCCUCAGAUGCUUCGAAGACUGCAGAAAUGUUGUAUAAGCUAUUUAGAGAAGUGGUUUUAUUUGUUGGGAUGGAAAAUGUGGUACACUUCAUUACUAACAAUGCUGCCAAUUAUGUUGCUGCUGGAAGAUUAUUAGAAAGGGAAUUUCCAACACUUUACUGGUCUCCAUGUGCUGCUCAUUGCCUAAAUUUGAUGUUGCAUGAUAUGGGCAAGUUAGAUGAGGUUAGUAAAGUGGUUGAACAUGCUUCAAAAAUAACAAAAUAUAUUUAUAAUCAUUGUUAUCCGUUGCAUUUGAUGAGAAAAUACACUGGUGGAAAAGAAAUUAUUCGGCCUGCUCCUACACGUUUUGCUACUAAUUUCAUUGCAUUGCAAAGUAUUUUAGUGCAAAAAGAUGCUUUAAGAGCUAUGGUGACUUCAAAAGAAUGGACCUUUUCAGCAUAUGCUAAGGAGAGUAAAGCAAAAAAAUUUGUGGAUCUUGUGCUAGAUUCUCUGUUUUGGAAGGAAUGUGCUAUAAUCGUUCAAUUAACUGAGCCUUUUGUUCGAGUUCUAAGAAUUGUUGAUAGUGAUGAAAGGCCUGCUAUGGGAUACUUGUAUGCUGCCAUGCAUAGAGCCAGAGAAGAGCUUUUGAGAAGAUUCUCAAGAAAAAAGAAAACAGUUGAUCCUUUCUUAAGAAUAAUUAAUUCAAGAUGCACUACAAGAAUUUUGGUCUUCAAUGACAACUACUUUUCGUCACAAAAAAGCAAAAAGUCGUCACUGAUGACUUUUAUUGACAACAUUUCGGUUGUCACAGAGUCGUCACUGAAUCUCCGUCGGUAA